AUGCAAUUUCUCCAGAGGUCUCGUAGAAUCGCUAGGGUCUUAAAACCCAUUAUUAUCAUCCCCGAGGCUAAUCUCAGAUUCGUCUCUUCCGGUUCCUUCCAAUGGCGAAAUCAUGCGUCUACUUCUUCCUCCGUGUGUAAUGAAUUCAGUUUAUGGUGUGGUGGAAAUGGAAGCAUGCAUAUAUAUAUUGAUCUUGUAAUCCUGAAUGGGAUCUCAAACUUGGACGUGUAUGUAUGGUUGAGUUAUUUAGAUGACGGUGGUUUUGCAGGGAUGGAUAGAUGCAGUCACUUUGACAGUCGCUCGUCGUCUAUGAGCUUGUUGAUUCCUAAAUCAAACUUUUCAUCUGAAGCGGAAAAGCCUGCGGGAAAUCCUACAGUAACUGUCAAGGAAUUGCAUGAUAAGAUUCUUGAUUCUGUAAAUGUCAAGAGAUCGAUGCCUCCAAAUGCUUGGUUGUGGUCGUUGAUUGAGAACUGCCAGAAUCAGGAUGACAUCAAUCUUCUCUUUGACAUUCUUCAGAAUCUCCGGAGAUUUAGAUUAUCCAAUCUUCGUAUUCAUGACAACUUCAAUAGCAAUCUAUGCCAACAAGUUGCUAAGACUUGUGUACGUGUUGGGGCUAUUGACUCUGGAAAGAAGGCUCUGUGGAAACAUAAUGUUCACGGUUUGACACCUAGUGUUGCAUCUGCACACCAUCUAUUGUCAUAUGCACUAGAACACAAGGAUUCUGAACUCAUGGACGAGGUAAUGAAACUCCUGAAAACUAAUGACCUGCCUCUACAACCCGGUACAGCAGAUUUAGUUUUCAGGAUUUGUCAUGAUACAGAUAAGUGGGAUCUACUAGCCAAGUACUCGAAAAAAUUCUCCAAGGCUGGAGUGAAGUUUAGGAAGACCACAUUUGAUACAUGGAUGGAAUUUGCUGCCAAGAGAGGGGAUACCGAGUCAUUAUGGAAAGUAGAUAAACUGAGAUCUGAGACAUGCAGUAAACACACCCUUUCUACUGCUUUUUCUUGUGCAAAGGGUUUCCUACUAGAAAGUAAACCCGAAGAAGCUGCUGCUGUCAUCCAGGUUAUCUGCCAGACAUUUACUGAUGAGAAAAAAUCAGCAGUCUCGACCGAAUUCAAGAAACUGGUUAAUGAAUGGCCGGUGGACGUUAUCAGGCACCAGAACGAGGAAGAUAAGAAGGCUCUAGCUGCUUCAUUGAAAUCAAACAUCCCUUCCAUGGUUAAUGCGUUGCUAAGCUUGGGUUUGAACGUGAGCGUGGAUUUAGAUGAGUUAUACAAGAACGAAGCUCUUCUCAGCUAA